AUGUGAUAGACUGGGUUCGAUACCUAAAUCCAAUUUCAUCAUAUAUUUUAUUUUCCAAUUUGUUUUCUCUAAUGAGGGACAAAACUGUCAUCUCCUCGUCACCACCUUCAUUAACCUGUCUGCAACUCGUCUUCUCCUAAAAAACCUUGCCGCUUCCAUUUUUUUUUUUUUUUUGUAAAAAGCCGCUUCCAAUUUUAAGCAUUUUAUAUCAAUAAUUAUUCGCUCUAUGUAUUUUUUGCUAGUUUUGGAUAAAUUUCAGAGCUGUAGUGUCACGAACAGCUGCCCAGAUGAAUUGCAUGUGUUGGUAAUGUAUUUUCGAGCGCAUAAUCCCCACAGAUGCGGCCACGUUUGGAAUAUGGAUUCAUCACAUUUUUCUGUUUAACUUAUAUCAAUUCCUUAAAUAUAUUUUAGCUCUAAAAAUUAAUUUUAUUUUAUUCAUUUACAUUGGUUAUUUUCAAUUGUGUGCGGUUAUUUAGCUUCGUUUGAUAUAUUUUUUAAACAAACAUAUAUAUAAAUGACGAUCUUUUGAUAAACAUUAAUCUUUUCCCCGAUCUUUUUAUAUUCCCGCUAUGAAUUUUUUUUUGGGUCUUCUGAAGCGGGAGUAUACCACGAUCGAAGGAUUUAUUAGUUGGUCAUGAUUUGUUCACAAUAUUAUUUUCACUAAGGUUUCUACAGCUUUCUGGGAGAAGGAGAGAAAAAAAUCUGAAAGCCAACUGCAAACAAGGAUGAGUGAUUCAGUGCAGUUCACCGAAUCAGAGACACAAGCACCAGAAGAUUUGCAGUACUUGGAGCAGGUUUACAGUUCUCCUCCGCGACUUGCUCAGGAAUGCAAAAGUUACAAAUGGAAAAUUCAAUUGAUAGAUCAUGAUAACAACAUAGAAGACCAAAUGCUGACAACCAAAGAUGUUUGGAAGUUACAAGAUCGUAAAGUGAUUGUUCACUUCGAUGAAGAUAGCGGUCAACCUGAUGAAGAUUCUGGAGGCUUACUUGGAUCAUGGUUAGGUCAGCUGAGUACUGAUGUGAACUUGUUACCCAUUAACUACAGUGAUUGGAGAUUGUUCAGUUCUCACAAAAAAGCAAAGGCAUGGGAAGUAAUCCAGAACAAAUUUUGGUUUGAUGAUCCUGAGACAAGAAAGGAUUAUGUGAUUGGUGUACUAGGAAGCAGGUGUAAAGAUUUAAAAUUGCGUCUUUGGAGAGAUUAUAAACAAAAUGAUCAAGCUCAAACAUUGGAGAAUCGUCCUACUGAUAUACCUGAAGACCAAUGGCAUGACUUUGUUACCACGAGGUUCACUGAUAAGUGGAGGAGAGUACGAGAUCGAAACAUCAAAAGCCGAAGCAACCAUACCAUGCCUCAUUCAUGUGGGAGAAAGAGUUUUGCUAGAAAAAGACGUGAAAUUAAAAAUGUGACUGGAAAAACACCAUGCCGAGCAGAAUUCUUCAUCGAGACUUGCAAGAAAUCUGAUGGAAAUUUCGUAACUAAGGAGGCUAAAAGGCAUGCGGAUGAGCUAAGAAUUUUGAUGACCCAAAAUCCAUCAACGCAAGUCACAAGCAAUAUGCCAGCUAGUUUGGAUGAUGAAUAUUCUCGAGUGUUUGGUCCAGAGCGUUCUGGCAGAGUACGUUGUGUUGGUCGUGGACCUACUCCCUCAAAGUUUUUCAAGCGCUCUACGGCAGCAAGAACUGAGGCUGAGAAUGCUGAAGUUGUUCAGAUGAGAACAAAGAUGGCAUCAUUAGAGAAUAAUGUUAAAAAUCUGACAGGAAUCUUACAACAGCUGUUGAGUACAACUACUAGCGAUCAGGCACCUACAUGGGCAACUUAUGCGAAUAUAAUAAGCUCUUCAUCUUCUCAGGAAAGAGGAAAUGAAUUCAAUGAAAACCAGAAUGGCAAUGGUUUGAACGUCAAUGGUAUGAAUGAAAUUGGCAUGAACGUCAAUGGUCUGAACAUCAAUGGCUCUGAACGUCAAUCGUCUGAAUGGCAACAGUGGAAUACUAAUGGCCGAAACGUCAACGGUCGGAACAACAAUGGAUUUUCAGGCAAUGGGCAUGGAGUUAGUUGACAUAUCUUUGUUAUAAACAUAUCUUCAUCUUUUUCUACUUUUAUUAGUUUAAACUUCUCUUAGGAUUUCUGUUUUAUAAAUUUAGACGAUGUGUUGUAGUGGAUUAUUUGUCUUGGAAUUUGCACUAAUAUAAUGAUUUGCAAUUAAGAUACUAAUAUGUA